CCCCGCGGCUGCUUUCAGAGUGAAGAGUGAGGCGCGCAGGUUAAGCGUAACUUUUCAACUUUGCACUACCGCUGGGGAAGUUGGAGUUGGGGUGGGGGAAGGAAAAUAGAAUAGAUUUUUUUUUAUUGGCCAAGUGUGAUUGGACACAGAAGGAAUUUGUCUUUGGUGCAUAUUCUCUCAGUGUACAUAAAAAGACCAGAUACAUUCAUCAAGAAUCAUAAGAAUAGAAUAAAAUAGAUUAGGCUAGACUAGACUAGAAGAAUAGAAUAGAAUAGAAUAGAAUAGAAUAGAAUAGAAUAGAAUAGAAUAGAAUAGAAUAGAAUAGAAUAGAAUAGAUUCUUUAUUGGCCAAAUGUGAUUGGACACACAAGGAAUUUCUCUUUGGUGCAUAUGCUCUCAGUGUACAUAAAAAGACCAGAUACAUUCAUCAAGAAUCAUAAGAAUAGAAUAAAAUAGACUAGGCUAGACUAGACUAGACUAGACUAGACUAGACUAGAAGAAUAGAAUAGAAUAGAAUAGAAUAGAAUAGAAUAGAAUAGAAUAGAAUAGAAUAGAAUAGAAUAGAAUAGAAUAGAAUAGGAUUCUUUAUUGGCUAAAUGUGAUUGGACACACAAGGAAUUUCUCUUUGGUGCAUAUGCUCUCAGUGUACAUAAAAAGACAAGAUACAUUCGUCAAGAAUCAUAAGGUAGAACACUUAAUGAUAAUCAUAGGGUACAAAUAAGCAAUCAAAUCAUAUUAGGAAACAGUCAACAUAAAUCAUAAGGAUACAAGGAAAAAGGGGAUUUAAAUACAAGGCAUUCCAGUCCCAUCCCUUCCUCCCUCCUCCCCUCCUCCACACCAUAAAGUUCCAACUUCAUCAGAUAGAAUUCUUAUGCGGAGCUACUGAGCUGUUGAAAGAUUCUCUCUUUUUCUUUGGAAAGGUAACUUCUCAAGAUGGUUGAUUAUCUGGCUAAUACGGAGAUCAACAGUCAACGGAUUGCGGCAGUGGAAAACUGCUUUGGGACCUCCGGCCAGCCCUUAACUGUGCCAGGAAGGGUCCUUUUGGGCGAAGGGAUUUUGACCAAAGAAUGCCGUAAGAAAGCCAAGCCCCGGAUUUUCUUCCUUUUCAACGACAUCCUGGUGUACGGCAGCAUUGUGAUCAACAAACGGAAGUACAGCUGCCAACACAUCAUCCCACUGGAUGAAGUCACUCUGGAGAUUCUCCCGGAUACCUUGCAGAUGAAGAACCGAUGGAUGAUCAAGACCUCCAAGAAGUCCUUUGUGGUUUCGGCAGCCUCGCUGACCGAGCGCAAAGAGUGGGUCAGUCACCUGGAAGAAUGCAUUCGACACCUUUUGUCCAAAACGGGACAACAGCCCCCGACAGAAUACGCAGCCCCCUGGAUUCCCGAUAAGGCAACGGAUAUCUGUAUGCGUUGCACCCACACGAAGUUCUCGGCGCUCGUCCGAAGGCACCACUGCCGAAAGUGUGGCUUCGUGGUGUGCGGCGACUGUUCCCGCCAGCGUUUUCUCAUGCCUCGACUAUCCUCCAAACCGUUGAGGGUUUGCAAUCUUUGCUACAAGCAGCUGAUGGCCAAAAAGAAGGAAUCUGGAGACGAGGCAAAGCCACUUCAUUCUCCACUGCCUGGCUACGAAGUUUCUAGCGGGGAUGAGAGUGACAGGUCCGACGAAGACAAACUGGAACAGUGGCCAGCCGAGACAGAAUUUUACACGUCAGAUAUGAGCUGGUCAUCUUUCCACAGCUAAUUGCUCCAUGGACUUCUUCUCUUUAAAAGCCAUCGCACUUUUCACAAUGACGGAAAAGACUGGAUCGUUCAUGGACUGGCGAGAGAACUAACUUCAUACUCCGCUCCAUCUGUUUUUUGUUUUAGGAAUAACCGAGAAGAACUAUCCUCAAGCCAAUUUGUAAACUUUUGAUGGGGUCCUCUAAGACUGAGUCAUUCUUCUUGAAGUUCUAAAUUGGAUUUAAAAAAUAUAUAUUGUGUAUUUUCGAAAAAUGUUGGUCCUCUGUAUUUAAUUUUGAAGAUAGUCAGCAUCCGUACUCAUCAAAUGUUGAAUUUCCAUCCUUGAAAAUUCAGCAGAACUGCAUGUAAAAAUAUCCCCAAGUUGUGUCUCUUGAAGAAAUCCAAUUUUUUAUAAAAACCAAAAUACGAGUUCUGGCAAUCUAGAAAUCAAAACAAUAAUUUCCAGAAGACCACUCAGUCUUGAAAAUUGAGGGUAACUUGCAUGAAGCACUAAAUGGAAGUUAUUUGAUGAAAUUUACAAUAGUAUUAUAUUUCAGAAACUGAGCUGUUUAUUUAAUUUUUUUAAUCAACUUGAGAUCCAGAAGAAUUAAAAACUGACAUUGCUUUGA